UCCCCAUCUCCAGACUCCCGCCCCGGGCCCUGACGUCAAGGAAGGAGGAGAGUGCAAGAAAAAGAGAGCGAGCGAGGAGGGGGCAGAAAAACCAGCAAGCAGGGAAAACGCCAGAUUUGGCCAGCGCUGCCGAGGAGGACGCGGGCCGGCAGCGGCGGGAGCUCCGUCUGCGCCGGGAUUUUUUGGGGCAUAGCCGGGGCUGGGGCGUCGGAUCCCUCGAGGGGUCGCCUGAAGUUUUGGCUGCGGUGUUGUUGGUGGUGUGUUUUCUCCGCGGGAUCCCGCUCCGGAGGCGCCUCUGCUGGGGCGGCAGUUUUGGAUCUUAACGCCUGCCAGCCUGCCUGCCUUCUUUACCCAUCUGGGGGAGCCGACGGAGGAAAAGCGCGAGAGGCGAAGAGAGGCCCCCGACUGAGCGAGAGCAAGGGAUUGUGAUCGCAGCAGGAACCUCCUCAUAAGGCAGCCAACCGCUUGUCCUGGCCCUUCUCUGCUUGGAGCUUUGUGUCCUGGUCAGCAUGGCCGUGAGGCCAGCCCUCAGCAUGUGUUUUCUGGCCUCGGUGGUUCUGAGUGCAGAUGCCUCCUCAGAUAGCAACUGGUGGAACCUGGUGCCCCGAAAAACGGUUCCCUACAAGGAAGUGAAGGAUGUGACGAGGCGUUUCUCCACAGCAGGAGUGUCCAACUAUACGACGCUGACGUUGGCUGACCCCAAAGGGCUCCUCUAUGUAGGAGCUCGAGAAGCCAUCUUUGCCCUCCGCACCAGCAACAUGGAGCUUGAGGAAAUGAUCCAUUGGGAGGCCCCAGCAGAGAAGAAAGCAGAGUGUAUCCAAAAGGGCAAAAGUAACCAGACUGACUGCUUCAACUACAUCCGUUUCCUGCAAACGUACAACAGUUCUCACCUGUACACUUGUGGCACUUACGCCUUCCAGCCCAAGUGCACCUACAUUAAUCUUGCCACCUUCUCUUUGGAUAAGCUCUCCUUUGAAGAUGGAAGGGGGAAGUGCCCCUAUGACCCUGCCAAGGGACAUACUGGCCUCAUUGUGGAGGAAGAGCUGUAUUCAGCAACACUCUACAACUUUCUGGGCACGGAGCCUGUGAUCCUGCGCAACUUGGGUCCCCAGUAUUCUGUCAAGACAGAGCUUCUGCCUACGUGGCUCAAUGAUCCUCACUUUGUGGGCUCCGCAUUUGUCCGGGAGAGCAAAGGCGGCAGCAAAGGGGAUGACGACAAGGUCUAUUUCUUCUUCAGCGAGCGGGCCGUGGAGUACGACUGCGACAUAGACCAGGUGGUGGCCCGUGUGGCCAGAGUCUGCAAGGGGGACGUGGGCGGCGCCCGUACUUUGCAGAAGCGGUGGACAACAUUCCUGAAGGCACGAUUGCUAUGCUCCAUUCCGGAGCAGCAGCUGCAUUUCAAUCGGAUCCAGGGGACCUACACUCUGAGUGGGGAUCAUUGGCCCGAAACUAGCUUUUUUGGAGUCUUCCAAGCACGCUGGGGAGACGUUGACGUUUCUGCUGUCUGUCAGUACCAGAUUCAGGAUGUGCAGAAAGUGUUUGAAGGACCCUACAAGGAAUACAGCGAGGUAGCCCAGAAGUGGGUUCGGUACUCGGAGCAGGUGCCCAGCCCCCGGCCCGGAGCAUGUAUCACCAACUCCCUGGAGCUGCCAGACAACACCCUCAACUUUGCAAAGAAGCACCCACUCAUGGAUAAGGUGGUGCCGCCUCAAGGCAACCGGCCUCUGCUCGUCAAGAAGGAUGCCAACUUCACCCAGCUGGUGGUGGAGCGGGUUCAUGGCUUGGAUGGCAAACCCUAUGAAUUGCUCUACAUUGGGACAGAUAAUGGCUGGCUGCAGAAGGCAGUGGUGCUGCCCUCGGGCGUCCAUCUUAUUGAAGAGCUGCAGAUCUUUGAGCAACCCCAGCCAAUCAAGAGCCUAGUAUUAUCCUUGCAGAAGAGGGUGCUGUUCAUUGGCUCCAACUCCCAAGUUAUCCAACUUCCUGUGGCUGACUGCAGCAAGUAUCACUCUUGCUCCGACUGCAUCCUUGCCAAGGACCCUUACUGUGCCUGGACAUGGAACGGAAGUCGCUGUGUUCGCAUUGAUUCCUAUGAUGGGACCUCGAUGCUGUUCCAGGAUUUAGGAGUGGAGCCUGGAAUGUGCAGCCCCAUGCGUGCAUCCAGGCCAGGAACCACAAUCAUUGCCAAGAAUAUCACAGUGAUGAUGGGCACAGACCUGGUCCUGCCUUGCCGCCUCACCUCCAACCUUGCCAAGGCUCGCUGGACCUUCAACGGGCAGGAUUUGCCUGAGGAGCAGGGCUCGGUCUUAUAUGAUGCCCACCUUCAGGCCCUGAUCAUCUUGGGCGCCCACCUGACGCAUUCUGGGAUGUACAGGUGUGUCCAGCUCGAGGAGCUUAACGAACUGAUGUCCGAGAGCUACGUGGUGACGGUGGUCUCUGGCCCAGCCAUGUCUCUGGAAGCACGGGCUCCCCUGGAGAAUUUGGGCCUGGUGUGGAUGGUGGUGAUCGCUCUGGGGGCUGUCUGUUUGGUGCUCCUGAUGGUCAUCUUGUCCCUGAGGCGCAGGCUGAAGGAAGAGCUUGAGAAGGGCUCCAAGGCUAUUGAGAGCACCCUGGUCUACCCCAUUGAGUUGCCCAAGGAGGCGAAGAGCCCCACCUUCAUUCCCAGCACCACCUCGGACUCUGACGAGAAACUCUGGGACCCAGCCAGCUACUACUACUCGGACGGCUCCCUUAAGAUUGUCCCGGGUCACGCCGUGUGCCAGAACGGGGGGACCACUCCCUCUCCCACCACCAACGGCAUCCCCGGCCAGCCCCUGCAGUCUCCACCCCUCCACUCGCCCAACCGCAUCAACUUGGGUAACAUCCGCGGCUCUUCCUCCAAUGGCUACAUCCGCCUCAACCUGGGCACCGAGGAGCGGCCAGAUUACAGCGACCUCGCGGAGGAACUGCGCCGGAAGCUCAAACAGAGGCAAGCGCUGCCUGACUCUAAUCCCGAGGAGUCAUCAGUAUGAGCCGUGCGGAGGACUGGUCUGCCAUGUUAUUCAACUACCUCAUAAACUAGGCUGGGAUCACUGUCCCUGGCUGGGUCUACAUCUUUUUUUAAAAAAGGAAAGAAAAGAAAAUCCUAUUUAAAGACUUCCUACAGACACUUUUCCCCUCCCUGUCGCAACAUCCCCAGUUUUUAUACACUGCCAAGACUGCCUUCCCAGGCUGCUCCUACUCCAUUCAGUGUUUUCAGCCAUGCUUCCUUGUGGGACAUCCUUCUGGGAGGCGUUUUCAACUCUUCCUUUGCCUUGGGAUGGUGAGACUGGCCUCGCUGGAGACUUAACAGUUGAUGGAUGGACUGGUAGGCCAAAUCCAGGCCCAUUUCUUUCCGAAACAGACCCGUGACUAAUGAGCAGGUGGUGCUGAUAGGUCAUCGGAAAAGGCAUGGCGGAGCCUCAUUCCCAGUGCAAAGCUGGCGGCGUUGGCUCCAUACUGUUAUAUUUGUUCCCUGCCUUUCCUGGGCUGACUGGUAACUACCAGCCAUAUGCAAUAGUUGGGCCAGGCUAGUUGAGAGCCUGCCUCCCCUCCCCCUCUGGAAACACUGGGGACUAGCAUGAUGAUGUAUAAAUUCCCAACCCCCUCUGAGAGAAUGCUGCAAAGUGGGGCCUACUUGUGUGGGGCUGGCCCUUUUUAAGGGCAAGCGUCUUAAGGAGAACAAAAUGGGAUGUGUGUUGGGAGACGCAGCCCAAGGAGGGACUGACUCGCAAAGCUUGGAAAAAUUACUGUUUUGAACUACAACCCCCAUCGGCCCCAGCCAGCAUGGCCACUGGAUUGGGCUGAUGGGAGUUGUAGUUCAAAAAAAGUAACUUUUCCAAGCUCUGGGACUGAGGCAGGGGGAAGAUUCUUGGACAGUAAGUGGGGCAAAGGCUGCAUCCUCUUGGUAGAGAGAGCCUCGUUCUGGAAAAGAGCUACAGAUUGCCAAGGGAUGGGCUGAAAGGCGGGCAGAGGUGGGGGGAAUCUGGGUCAGCCCUAGAGAUACUAGUGUGGCUGAGGAAGAAAGAUGCAACUGGCAAUUGCCCAUCCCAUGAAAGCCUUGCACACUCCUGUUCAUUUCAGUGGGGCUUGCACAGGAGGACUCUCCAGUAAAUUGUGCCCUCCCUGGCUGGUCUGUGUGCCCCCACCCCCUCCGUGGCACCUCCAGGUUGGCUACCUGAGGUUACCCUUUCUAUUUAUCCCAUAGUAGGGCUGCCUGCAGAGGGAGUGAGAAAGUGUGUGUAUGUGUGUGAGAGAGAAAUACCCCCCCUUUAAAAACUGUUGACUGCUGUGACUAAACUGAGCUUCCUCGCCCUUCUUUUUGGGGGUGGGGGAGCAUGCAGUGUAGAUACCCCCCAUCAUGCUGGCUGUGUCUCUGCCUGGUAGCCAAGCCAUCCACACAGCCAGACCCUUCCUUAUAAUUCUGCAUGCCUCACAUCACUGCCAGAAACUGACUUCACUUUCCUUCCCUCUUUUUUACCUUUUUUUUUAAAAAACAUAAAACGAAAGAAGAAAAACCCUGUGUAAAUAAUAACUCUUGAUAACAAGAGCCUCUCACUUUCCCCUGCCCACAUCCUCAAACAAUUCAUGUAAUUUAUUUGUUACUGAAAUAUAUUUAUUUGAUGUAAAUAUCUGAAUAUUUUUAUAUUAAUAAUAAAA